AUGUCCGCCAAGAUCACUCUCGACCAGCUCAAAGAGCACACCAAGAAGGACAGCUUCUAUGCUCUUAUCCACGGCAAAGUCUACGACGUGACCAAGUUUUUGGACGAGCAUCCCGGAGGAGACGAGGUUAUCAUGGCCGAGGGCGGCAAGGACGCAACCGAGGCGUUUGAAGAUGUCGGACACUCUGAUGAGGCCCGUGAUAUCCUCAAGGGGCUCUACGUUGCCGAUUUCGAGGGUGGCCCAGUUUCUGCUCCUAAAAUCACCCCAUCUCCCAGCGGCAAGUCCUCUUCGUCCGAUCUGGAAGCUUUGCCUAUUUCAUUCCUCUCGCUGCCUUGGGCGCAUACCUGGGCUGGAGAUUCUAUCUGUCUAAUUAGAUAUGGUAUUGAGAUGCGCUCCGAGUUUGAAACAAAAACCCAACGACAAAAAAGACUCUGUUUGGGCCACCCCAGUAGUCCCUUGGACAACAAAGAAUCACAGAGCUCUGCAGAAAAAGCACCUUCAGCUUCACAUCUCACAGCAUCGCAAGGCCAGACAUUAUCAUUCAGCUUGGAUGAUGCAUUCGAUGAUAAAUCAGCACCUACAACUCCGAGUUUCUUCUCUGCCAAUAAGUUCCCUUCUGGUAGUACCUUUGGGGGUGCUAUCAAUGGUUCGGACGCACCAGCAGAUGAUGGGUUCGGGGAAUUUGAUGAUUUUGCGGCCCCGGUAUCCGGCCAGGUUACAGAUGACGACUUUGGUGAAUUUGGCGAUUUUGGAGAUGGUGGAGAUGGGGGUGGGUUCGGAGAAGUAGUUGGAGAUGGUUUCGGAAACGAUGGAUUUGGAACUGCCUCUCUGGAAACACCUGCGCAUUGGCAACCAUUGACAGUUGACCCACUACCUCCGCCCAACGAACUUUCAGAGCUGGUGCAAGAGCUUAUGGGUCCUUGUUGGGCGUCUUUGAGGCCUGAUGAUCUCAUGUCUGAUGAACCGGAGAGACAGGUAGAAGGACUUGCGCGAAUCCUGGUGACAUCUGAAAGGUAG